AUGGCACCGACGGGCACGCAGGCCGACGCCGUCAAGGGGCUACUGCUCGCCCGUCUACCAGUUGCUGACCUUGGUCAGCUUUCUCUCCUGUAUCUCAUGUGCUUCCUGGACCGCACCAACAUCGGGAACGCCAAGGUGGCCCACCUCGAAAGGAGCAUAGGCAUCGAUCCCGCGACGGACACGGAAAAGUUUCCCGCCACUCUCACCAUCUUUUUCGUCUCGUAUGCCCUCUUUGAGGCCCUGUGCAAUUUUCUCCUCAAAAAGUUCCGUCCUUCCAUCUUCAUCCCCGUCAUCAUGAUCCUCUGGGGUUCCUGCAUGCUCGGCAUGGGCUUCGUGAAAAACUGGUCUGGCCUGAUGGCAGGCAGAUGGUUCUUGGGCGUCUGCGAGGCCGGCCUCUUUCCCGGAAUCAACUACUACCUGUCCUGCUGGUAUCGGCGCGACGAGUUUGGCGUCCGCGCCGCCAUCUUCUUCUCGGCCGCCGCCAUCUCCGGUUCCUUUGGAGGCCUGCUCGCCGCCGCCAUCCAAAAGAUGGACGGCCUCGCCGGCCUGCAGGGCUGGGCUUGGAUCUUCAUCAUCGAGGGUAUGCUCACCAUCAUCAUCGCCUUGGCUUCCUUUUGGAUGGUGCACGACUUCCCCGACGAGGCCAAGUUUCUCUCCGAGGAUGACCGUGCCCGCGUUAUCCUGCGCCUCAAGCGCGACGGUCAACACUCGGCCGAGCACGAGGACUUCAAGUGGGACUACCUCUGGGCUGCCUUCAAGGACUGGAAGACGUACGCCGGCAUGCUCAUCUACAUGGGCCCGCUCAUGCCCCUCUAUGCCUUCAGCACCUUCCUUCCCAGCAUCAUCCAGAACAUGAGCUUCACCGACAAGGAGCAGAUCGUCAAGAAUCAACUCCUGAGCGUGCCGCCCUAUGCCCUCGCCGCACUGCUCACCGUUGUCGUCGGUUUCUGGUCCGACAAGUGCCAGAGGCGCGGCGUUUUCAACAUGGGAUGCGCCGCCAUCGGCAUCACCGGCUUCAUCAUGCUCAUGGCGACGACGAAGCCGGGGGUCCAGUACGCGGGUACCUUCCUCGGCGCGUGCGGCAUUUACCCCAGCAUCUCCCUCACCAUCGCCUGGGUGGCCAACAACGUCGAGGGCGUCUACAAGAGAGGCAUCGUCCUCGGAUUCGUCAUCGGAUGGGGCAACCUCAACGGCGUGGUGAGCAGUAACAUCUACCGCAACCCGCCCCGGUACUUUGCCGGUCACGGCACCGUCGUGGCAUAUCUGUUCGUCUGCAUGUUUGGAGGCAGCGCACUGAUGUGGGUGCUGCUCGGGAGGGAGAACAGGAAACGGCGGAAUGGGGAGCGGGAUCAUUGGAUCGAGGGCAAGACGGACGCUGAGAUCAACGCGCUCGGCGACAAGCGACCCGACUUCAUCUAUACCCUCUGA